UCACUCACUCACUUCCAUCAGUUGUAAAGAAAAUAAGAAUUGAGAUUACUUUUCUUUUUGUUGAUCAUAAUAGAAAUGGAGCAUAGAGAAGAGGAUGUAAGAUUGGGUGCAAACAAAUACUCAGAGAGGCAAGCAAUUGGGAUAGCAGCACAGAGUCAAGACAAGGAUUACAAGGAGCCACCACCAGCUCCCCUGUUUGAGCCAGGGGAAUUGAUGUCCUGGUCCUUUUAUCGUGCUGGAAUUGCUGAAUUCGUGGCCACUUUCCUCUUCCUUUAUAUCACUGUUUUAACCGUCAUGGGGGUUUCCAAAUCCGAUUCCAAAUGUUCAACUGUUGGAAUUCAAGGUAUUGCUUGGGCUUUUGGUGGCAUGAUCUUUGCCUUAGUCUACUGUACUGCCGGCAUUUCAGGGGGCCAUAUAAAUCCGGCAGUGACAUUUGGGCUUUUCUUAGCGAGGAAAUUAUCGUUGACAAGGGCAGUAUUCUACAUGGUGAUGCAGUGCCUUGGAGCCAUCUGCGGUGCUGGUGUUGUCAAAGCGUUUGGAAAGACACUUUACCAAACUAAGGGCGGCGGAGCCAAUGUUGUUAAUGUUGGUUACACAAAGGGUGAUGGCCUGGGCGCUGAAAUAAUCGGCACAUUUGUUCUCGUCUACACUGUUUUCUCUGCUACUGAUGCCAAACGUAGUGCUCGUGAUUCCCAUGUCCCUAUUUUGGCACCAUUGCCUAUUGGAUUUGCGGUGUUCCUAGUGCAUUUGGCUACAAUUCCAAUCACUGGAACUGGAAUUAACCCAGCUAGGAGUCUUGGUGCAGCCGUCAUCUAUAACAAUGAACACGCAUGGAAUGACCACUGGAUAUUCUGGGUUGGACCAUUCAUUGGGGCAGCUCUAGCGGCUCUAUACCACCAAGUUGUGAUCAGGGCAAUCCCAUUCAAGUCCAAAUGAAGUAUCUGAAUUCAAUCAUUAUGUACCCAUUUUCCUUAUUUGUCUUUUGUUUUGUAUCUAUGUAUUUACUACUCUAUAAGUAGAAGAAUGUAUGUAAUUUGCGGCAUAUGUUUUAAAUGGACUUUUGCUUUUCAUUCAAGUCCAUAACAGAACAUGC